ACUAUUUUAAAAGAUCUCUGUUGCCAUUUCUAUUUCACUUUCAAUUUCCUUACAAGACCCUUGAUUCUAUACAUUUCUUCACUAUUUUUAUCGUUUUCUCUACUUCAAAUUCUACUAAAAACAUGGUUGGAUUGAAGAAACGAAAACCGGAGUGGUUGAGCACUUUACUGCACAGCAAAUUCUUCGAUUCGUGUAUUGAUCAUCGAGGGCUGAGGAAGAAUGAGAAGAAUAUGUUCUGUAUCGAUUGCAAUCUUUGCUUUUGUAAGCACUGUAUAACUUCUUCAACUCACUGCAACCUUCAUCGCUGCCUUCAAAUCUGCAAAUAUGUAUAUCAUGAUGUCGUUCGCGUCCAAGAUAUUCAGAAAUAUCUCGAUUCUUCUCAAAUUCAGACGUACAAAAUUAAUGGUGAAAAAGCAGUACAUUUGAAUUCUCGCCCACAAUUGAAAGAAUUUGUAAAAACUUCAAAACCGAAAGCUGGGGCAUCGUGUGAAGCAUGUGGGAGGCACAUACAAGACUUGCCCAAUCGCUUUUGCUCCAUUGCCUGCAAAAUGUCGUCGAACGCAGUAAUUGAACAGCAAAGCCAAGAGAUUUUCACCAAACUUGACGAGCUUUCUAGUGAAAAUGAUUCUUCUGAAGUAAUUCAAGAAUGGGUUAGUACUACACUAUUAAGGCGAAGGAAGCUAUUGCAUAAGAGAAAAGGAAUUCCAAUAAGAGCUCCUUUAAGUUAAUUAAAUGUCGAAAUUAUACUAAAAUUUCAACUUUUUUUUUUUUUUUUUUAACUACAUAACUUAUAUUCAAAUUUCAAUUACUGUUUAUAAUUGGAAAAAAUGCAUUUGUGCCCAUGCUUUUUUGUUUAAUUAAGCACUUAAUACAUAUGACAAAAUAGGGGUCAUUUAUUAGCAGGAAUUGUGGGUGCUUUUCAUUCUCCUUUUUGGUAUUCUUUUUCGUUGGGCUGUCAUUAAUCCAGAUCUUUGUCGGGUUGGUGCUGGCUUCUCAAUUUGUCCAUUUCUUAGUAGGGCCAGCCAUUAUAGUCAAUGUCAUGGCAGAAAAAGGUUUGGUCUAUGUUUUCACAUGGAUAUGGCAGAGAAAAAUGUCAUGGCCGAAGUUUCAGACAUUUAGCCUCGGUUUAUAUUUCACUCUUUCGAAACUCUUUUUUCUAUGUAUUAAUUUUUAAUCAUACAUCCACACAAUAAAAUAUUAUACAAAUAAAUUUAAAACUUUUUCCCACUUUUAAUCACACAUCCUCCAAAAACUACCUAUUUAAAACAAUGUAUUUUUCCAAAACAAAGGACCACCAUAAAGGGGCUUA